UCCUGGCGACCGCUGUUUUCCCGGGAAUGACCCCGCUGAAGACACACCCAGUUGCUAGGACCGGCGCACCACCGCCCUCCCGGGACUGGCAGGGGCGCGGCCGCGGGGCCGGGGCGGGGCCGGGGGCGCGUCCGGGGCGGGGCGAGCGGCCGCCCCUCUCCAGCCCGGAAGGAGCGGGAGGAGGAGCCGCGGGGCCCGGAGUCGUUCCCACGUGAGAAGCUCGGCGGCCGAAUUCCUCGCGCCCUGCGGCCGCGGUCGGCCGCCGUCCGGCCGCAGCGAGAAGCCUGGUCCUGAGCGCGCGGGCAUCCAGGCGGGCGACGGGGCCGGCGAUCGGCUGAGCCCCAAUGCGGCGGCGGCCCCGGGGGCUGUGAGCCCGCGCCCGCCGUGGGAGCCCCCCGCGCCGCCGCGGGCAGCUCUCUCCGCCCGGGCACGCGGCAUGCGGGCGGCCGACUCCGGCACCUGGGAGCGCGUCCGCCAGCUCGCGGCGCAGGGCGAGCCGGCGCCUUCCUGCGGAGCGGGGUCCGGGCUGGCGCGCGCCCCGGGGCCCGCAGCCUGCGAGCGCUGUUCCGACUCUGUGGGGCCCAGCGAUGGACUCCGCGCCGGGGCGUCCCCACGAGCCGAUGGCUACUGCAGCCAAGCGGUGCUAUUGCGAGAAGAAGUAUCCCGGCUCCAGGAAGAAGUGCACCUUCUCCGGCAGAUGAAGGAGAUGCUGGCCAAGGACCUGGAGGAGUCGCAGGGCGGCAAGGCCUCCGAGGUCCUCUCGGCCACCGAGCUCAGGGUCCAGCUGGCCCAGAAGGAGCAGGAGCUGGCCAGAGCCAAAGAAGCCUUGCAGGCCAUGAAAGCCGACCGGAAGCGCUUGAAGGGCGAGAAGACGGACCUGCUGAGCCAAAUGCAGCAGCUGUACGCCACGCUGGAGAGCCGCGAGGAGCAGCUGCGCGACUUCAUCCGCAACUACGAGCAGCAUCGCAAGGAAAGUGAGGAGGCUGUCCGGGCACUAGCCAAGGAGAAGGACCUGCUGGAGCGCGAGAAGUGGGAGCUGCGGCGCCAGGCCAAGGAGGCCACAGACCACGCCACGGCGCUGCGCUCCCAGCUGGACCUCAAAGACAACCGCAUGAAGGAGCUGGAGGCUGAGCUGGCCAUGGCCAAACAGUCCUUAGCCACCCUGACCAAGGACGUCCCCAAGAGGCACUCCCUUGCCAUGCCGGGCGAGACGGUGCUCAACGGCAACCAGGAGUGGGUGGUCCAGGCCGACCUCCCGCUGACCGCAGCCAUCCGGCAAAGCCAGCAGACUCUCUACCACUCCCACCCCCCACACCCUGCAGACCGGCAAGCGGUCAGGGUAAGCCCUUGCCAUUCCCGGCAACCCUCUGUCAUCUCCGAUGCCUCUGCUGCCGAGGGCGACCGGUCAUCCACGCCGAGUGACAUCAACUCCCCGCGACACCGGACACACUCCCUCUGCAACGGCGACAGUCCCGGCCCCGUUCAGAAGAACCUGCACAACCCUAUUGUACAGUCACUAGAGGAUCUUGAAGACCAAAAACGGAAGAAGAAGAAGGAGAAGAUGGGAUUCGGCUCCAUCUCGCGCGUCUUCGCCAGAGGGAAGCAGCGGAAGUCCCUCGACCCCGGCCUCUUUGAUGACUCGGACAGCCAGUGUAGCCCCACGCGGCACAGCCUCAGUCUAUCGGAGGGCGAGGAGCAGAUGGACCGGCUGCAGCACGUGGAGCUGGUGCGGACCACGCCCAUGUCCCACUGGAAGGCGGGCACUGUGCAGGCCUGGCUGGAGGUGGUCAUGGCCAUGCCCAUGUAUGUCAAGGCCUGCGCUGAGAACGUCAAGAGUGGGAAGGUGUUGUUAAGCCUGAGUGACGAGGACCUGGAGCUGGGCCUGGGUGUGUGCAGCUCCCUGCACCGGCGCAAGCUCCGGCUGGCCAUUGAGGACUACCGCGACGCCGAGGCAGGCAGGAGCUUAUCCAAAGCGGCCGACCUGGACCAUCACUGGGUGGCCAAGGCUUGGCUGAACGACAUCGGCCUGUCCCAGUACUCCCAGGCCUUCCAGAACCACCUGGUUGACGGGCGGAUGCUGAAUUCCCUGAUGAAACGGGACUUGGAAAAGCACCUGAAUGUGUCCAAGAAAUUCCACCAGGUCAGCAUCCUGCUGGGGAUCGAGCUGCUGUACCAAGUGAACUUCAGCAGGGAGGCUCUCCAGGAACGCCGGGCCCGCUGCGAGACACAGAAUACAGAUCCCGUGGUUUGGACCAACCAGCGGGUACAUAAGUGGGUGCGAGAUAUCGACCUGAAGGAGUAUGCUGACAACCUCACCAACAGUGGUGUGCACGGCGCAGUGCUGGUGCUGGAACCCACGUUCAACGCCGAGGCCAUGGCCACCGCCCUGGGCAUCCCCAGCGGGAAACACAUCCUUAGGAGGCACCUGGCUGAGGAGAUGAGCGCCAUCUUCCACCCGGCCAAUUCCACAGGAAUCCGGGAGGCUGAGCGUUUUGGGACGCCCCCCGGGAGGGCCCCCAGCAUCACCAGGGCAGGAAAGGAAGAAAACAGUGGUAGUACCAAGUACAAGUCCAGCCGGCUGCCCCUAGGCAAGAUGGGAAGGGGCUUCAGCAGCAAAGACCCCGACUUCCACGAUGACUACGGCUCCCUUCAAAAUGAAGACUGCGGUGAUGACGACCUCCAGGGCAGGCCCGAGCAGUGCCGGCUAGAUGGCUACAACAGCCUGGAGGUCACCAAUGUAUGAGGUCCCCAGGGCACAACCAGACGCUACCACGGAGGGAGAGCCAGGGAGGGGGCAGCCGACACCCAGGCCCUACUCCCCCGAUCCUGGCUGGCAAUGACCCCCACCCCUGCACAAAUUCCAGCAGUCAUCUGAGAGGCAGCGGUCCAUGCCCGCAUAGUCCGCACAGCUGGAGCCUGACCCUAGGGUACAUCCAUCCCCACCCCCUGCCCCCCAGCAUCCAGACUGUGCAGGCUUCAUCCAGAGUGGUCAGUCACUGAAGAGCCCGAGUGUCCCUCCGGGAGCCUUGAACUGAGCCACCUGGGAGGAUAGGGGCUCCCACCUGGGAGGAGGAGGACCCCCACCCCAGCCUCUGCCUUGAGCCUGGUAUACCUGCCAGGGCUUGGAGCAAGCAGAGUUGGCAGGUGGCAGGGGCAUGACUGGCCUCAUGUUGAGAUGUGGGAGGUCUUAGCAGCCACAUUCCCCUUGCCCAAGGACUUGAGUUUGGACUUGGGUCGCCAUGCCACAUGUGGGUGGACAUGUGCUUGCUCCUCUGGGCGGGGGCAGGUGACUGUCCAGG